UUGGUUAAUUAUACUGAGAGAGGAGAUUGAAAAAGAAUGGCUCUCAAACAAUGGCUGUACGAGCAAAUGAAAGAAAUGGCCUUCUCUACCUUUUAUCUAUCUCUUUUCUUCUUCAUCAGCGUCCUCUACUUGUUUAACCUCACAAGAAAAACCAAAUCCAAAACCAAUCUGAAUUUGCCACCAUCACCACCAAAACUACCACUCAUAGGCAAUCUUCAUCAGUUAGGCUCACUACCACAUCGAUCUCUUAGAGACUUGUCACUCAAACAUGGUGACAUCAUGUUGUUGCAGUUAGGGCAGAUGCAGAAUCCAACGGUGGUGGUUUCAUCCGCAGAUGUUGCCAUGGAAAUAAUGAAAACGCAUGAUAUGGCCUUUUCGAACCGACCCCAAAACACUGCUGCAAAAGUCUUGCUCUACGGAGGCAUUGACAUUGUUUUUGGACUCUACGGGGAAAGGUGGAGUCAGAAAAGGAAAAUAUGUGCCCGUGAACUUCUGAGCACUAAAAGGGUUCAAUCAUUUCAUCAAAUCAGAAAAGAAGAAGUUGCCAUAUUGGUGAAUAAGCUACGUGAAGUGAGCUCCAGUGAAGAGUGCUACGUGAAUCUAAGCGGCAUGCUUAUGGCAACAGCGAACGACGUCGUGUGUAGAUGUGUUCUCGGACGGAAAUACCCUGGUGUCAAAGAGUUAGCAAGGGAUGUUAUGGUUCAGCUUACAGCUUUUACUGUGAGAGAUUACUUCCCUUUGAUGGGUUGGAUUGAUGUUCUCACUGGAAAAAUUCAGGAACAUAAGGCCACUUUUCGUGCAUUGGAUGCUGUUUUUGAUCAAGCAAUUGCGGAGCAUAUGAAAGAAAAGAUGGAAGGAGAGAAAUCCAAAAAGAAAGACUUUGUGGAUAUCCUACUCCAACUUCAGGAGAAUAACAUGCUUAGCUAUGAGCUCACCAAAAAUGACCUCAAAUCACUUCUACUGGAUAUGUUCGUUGGAGGAACUGAUACAUCUAGAGCAACAUUAGAAUGGACUCUUUCAGAGCUUGUGAGAAACCCAACCAUAAUGAAGAAAGUACAGGAAGAAGUGAGAAAAGUUGUAGGACAUAAAUCUAAUGUAGAAGAAAAUGACAUCGAUCAAAUGUAUUAUUUGAAGUGCGUAGUCAAAGAAACUCUAAGAUUACACUCACCUGCUCCUCUUAUGGCUCCACAUGAAACAAUAUCGAGUGUUAAACUGAAAGGAUACGAUAUUCCUGCAAAAACUGUGGUGUAUAUCAAUAUAUGGGCAAUUCAAAGAGAUCCUGCAUUUUGGGAAAGUCCCGAACAGUUCCUGCCAGAGAGAUUUGAAAAUAGUCAGGUUGAUUUUAAAGGUCAGCAUUUUCAGUUUAUUCCAUUCGGUUUUGGGAGAAGAGGAUGUCCUGGAAUGAAUUUUGGACUUGCUUUUGUUGAGUAUGUUCUUGCCAGCCUUCUUUAUUGGUUCGAUUGGAAGCUGCCUGAAUCGGAUACACUUAAACAAGACAUAGAUAUGAGUGAGGUUUUCGGACUUGUUGUCUCAAAGAAAACACCACUUUAUCUUAAACCAGUAACUGUUUCAUCUUUAUCUGAGUUCUAAAAUCUUUACAAGUGAUGGUUGAUGUCAAUUAUAGUUGGAAGAAUAUAUCUGUUUUAUUGUUUAAUGUAUUUGAGGGCGAGCCCUGGUGCAGCGGUAAAAGUUGUGCCUUGGUGACUUGUUGGUCAUGGGUUCGAAUCCGGAAACAGUCUCUUUGCAUAUGCAAGGGUAAUAAAUUGAUUCAGUUGUUUACUGUUGUUGUGCAUUGUUGCAGUUUUAUCUUGAUCUAUGUAUUUUUUUAUUUAGCUAGUCAGCAGACUUAAUUGGCGUGUACUUCAUUUGAUAUUGAGUAGUAUAGUAGCUAGAGUUAUGGAAAAUGUGCUAGAUGUGAGCCUUAUAUUCAGUUGUGUAUUUUCCUGGUUUGAAAGGUACUAGUAAUGAAGUAUGAAAAACAUGUUCUGCCAUU